UUGAAUCACAGCCUUAAAACUUGGUAGGUGAUCCCUUAUCGAGUAUAAAACCUACCAGUUUAUUUGGCAACUGCAAGCAUUGUUCUUCUUCUUCAGGCAGCCGCAGGCACAGAGAGAGAUAGAUGGCUUGGCUAACUCGAUUCAUUGUAGCUGUGGUUUUCUUAUCCAUCGGAGUUAUGUUUUCUCCGGAAACAUUUGGAUCAAAUUCGGAGCAUUUUAAAUCCCCAAAGCUAUCGACGUUCCUGAAGCUGGCUCAUCUCCUCUGUUUCUCCACCGCCUGGGGUGCGGCUCUUUGGGUCACCUUUAUCGGUGGCAUCAUUAUGUUCAAGAAUCUUCCGAGGCAUCAGUUUGGUAAUCUACAAAGCAAGAUGUUUCCAGCGUAUUUUUCAAUGGUGGGAUUGUGUUGCGCCAUAUCCGUGGCGUCAUUUGCGUAUUUACAUCCAUGGAAGUCAUCAUCCACUGCUGAAAAGUAUCAGCUUGGAUUUCUACUCUCUGCUUUUGCUUUCAGUCUCACCAAUUUGUUUGUCUUUACUCCCAUGACAAUUGAGAUGAUGAAGCAAAGGCACAAAAUUGAGAGGGAAGAAAAAAUAGGCGACGAAAUUGGGUGGACAAAGAACAGGGAAGUUGCAAAGGUUAAUCCAAAGCUUGCAGCCAUGAACAAGAAAUUUGGGAUGAUUCAUGGGUUGUCAUCCCUUGCUAAUAUUAUGUCAUUUGGCAGCCUUGCCAUGCACUCAUGGUACUUAGCUGGGAAACUCAAUCUGUAAUUUGAGGUAUAUCAGCCUUUACAGGGAAAGUUGUGCUUUGGUUAUAGAUUAAAUUACUUAAAUGAGGACUGUUUGUGCAAAAUAUGUAUGAUUCACCUAUUUAUCAACUUACAAAAGAGGUCUCUCUGUUUACUUCAGAAUAAAAUUUUGAUAGAAUUAUGUGGAACAUUUGAAGCAUGUCAGUUCGCCUUGUUGGAUGUAUUAUGUAUGGGAAUCAACAGAAUAUGCAAAAUGGUACUGCCUCUGUUAUACUAAGGGGCCGUUUGGUUUCAA